AUUUUUGAAAUCGUCGAUUGCAUCACAAUCGACAAUUAUUCGAAUACAUUAUUUUUAUUUUCGGUUGCUAGUUUUGUAUUUUUGCGUUAAACAAUUAAUUUUCCGAAGGGCGGUAUCGUUUCCGGUUUUUUUGACGGGUGCUAUAAUCGCUAAACUAAAAAGAAGAAGAAGUAGGUUGUUUAAUGUAUUCUUUUUGAAUAUUAAUAUACCUUCUUUCUGCUUUACAGAUUAAAAAGAAACAAUGAUAAAUUCAACAAGACGUCGAAUGUUAUUUUGUACAAUCAUCAGUCAGAGAUUUAUAGAAAUAUUGUUGAAUGCUGCGAUUUUUGAAAAUGAUGAAAGUGACGACAAUGAUUUGGAGAACAUUGUUUUAAUAGAAAAUAUUAAUCGAAUUCGGGGAAAACGACAAAUUCCACCACGUAUAACUGGUUUCGUAGAAAAUGUAAUUCCUCGAUAUAAUAAUCAACAAUUUCGUCGUCACUUUAGAAUGAAACCAGAAAUUUUUGAAAAUUUGGAAAAUCGUUUAGGACCAUUGUUAUUUAAUCCUGAAGCUUUAGGACGUCCAGCUAUACCCAUACGUACCCAGCUCUUGGCCACAAUCUGGCUACUUAGCACACCAGAUUCUUUCAGAUCUGUUGGUGAAAAAUUUGAUAUGAGCAAGUCUUCGCUUAAUGACAGUGUGCGUCGUGUUGUUCAAUCAUUAAACAGUAUUGCAAAUGAAGUCAUUACAUGGCCUAUAGGUGAACAAUUGGCAGCUUCAAAGGAGAAAUUUAACCAUUUUGGAGAUACUCCUAUGCCCGGUGUAAUAGGAGCAAUUGAUGCGUCUUACAUUUUUAUAAAGCAACCAAACAUUCAGGAAGUUGCCCUUCAUUAUAAAUGCAGAAAAAUGCAAUAUGCUAUAGUUCUUCAAGCAAUCUGUGACGCAGAUUUGCGGUUAAUAGAUUGUCUUACGGGUUAUCCUGGAUCCGUAGGCGACUACAGAAUUUUUCGGAACUCGGAUAUUUGUAAACGUAUUAAUAGAAACCCACCAGCCUUUUUUCCAAAUGGCGAAUAUAUUAUCGGUGCUAAAGCAUAUCCUGUUCUAACGUGGUGUAUUCCUCCUUUCAGAGAUAAUGGGCGUCUCACAGAGGAGCAGAAAAGGUUUAAUAAAAUUUUAUCACAGAAGCGGCAAACGAUAGAAAGAGCUUUUGCUCUUCUAAAAGGGCGAUUCAGGCGAUUAAAGUUCUUAGACAUGUCUCGUCUGGAUUUAAUACCAUUUUUCAUUCUUGCUGCCUGCGUCCUACAUAAUAUUUGCCUACAAAGCAAUGAUGAUGUCGAAGAUUUUAUAGGAGAAGGAAGAGAACCGGAAGAGCAAGGUAAUCACGAUAGAGAAAUUGAAGAUUAUGAUGAAUGGCAAGAGUUUGCCGAUGGUGAAAUUAAACGGAAUUAUUUAUGUCUUGUUGUUUCGGGAAGACAAUAAAGUUUUUACCAAAAGUAGCUAUUUGCUUACGACAUAUAUAUUGUGAUAAGAAUGAUUUAAUAUAAUAAAAAAUUUGUAUAUAUAUAUACUAAUAAUUUUUCUGUUG